UUAACAGAGGAAUACUCAUUUCCAUGUUAUAUUUUACCGAAUACUCUAACUCUCCAUCUACUCAUGAGGCACUUCAAACUAUUUUUUCAAAAGCUUCUAAUGAGCAAAUUUUGAAGUACAAGAGACAACUUGCAAAUAUAAAAAUUCUUGAUCCAGUUCUUAUAAUUGUUCCGAAUCAGAAUUGGAUCAAUUUACAUGGUUGGCCCACAUAUUACAAUAUUAUGGAUAGUUUUGCGACAAAUGGCCUUCGGAAUGAGCAUGAAAAUUCACGUGCCAUUUUUCACUUUACCACUAAUACCGAGCUUUAUACGAUGCGAAGCAACAUUGAAAAUCUUUUCCCUAAUGCCUUCAUGGUUCCACCCUCCCUUCAAGCUUCAGUCCCUAAUCCUCGAUUACAUCCAAUUGGUGAGGCCUGGAUAUUAACAAAUGUAGCGAAACGUAAAAGUGACUUUGGAGAAGUUUCUUUCUAA